AAAAAGGGAGAAUCCCAAAAUUCAUCUUGCAACUAUAAAUGAGUUUCUUAAUUGAAUUAGACAGCUGAAUGAAUAAGAAAUUCGCAGCUUACACUUGGAAGGAGGAGUUAGUAAGAGCCAGCUGGACCCGUUUCAAGAUUAACAAGACAACGAGAGAGAGCGAGAGAGAGAGAGAGAGAGAGAGAGAGAGAGAGAGAGAGAGAGAGAGAGAGAGAGAGAGAGAGGAGAAGACGUUACUUAUAUUAACUGUUGAUGUCUGAAACUCUGAAUUGAGCUCAAACUCGAAAAGCAGGAUUUGAGAGCUAAAAGAGAGUGAAAUCCAUGGGGGAGGCAGCCAACAACGGCAGUAACGGAUCAGUAGCAGUAGCUCUAGCUGGUGGUGGAGAAGAAGAAAGUCAGUCGCAGACGACGGCGUCGGUGUCGUCACUGCACUUCGUGUUGGUGCAUGGAAUAGGGCACGGAGCAUGGUGCUGGUACAAGAUCAGGUGCCUUCUAGAGAGUUCCGGCCAUAAGGUCUCCUGUCUUGAUCUCAAGUCCGCCGGAAUCGAUCCUUCAGAUGUCUCCUCCGUUCUCACCUUCGAUGACUACAAUCAGCCUCUCAUCGACUUUCUUUCCGCCUUGCCUCUAAAUGAUCAAGUGAUACUGGUGGGGCACAGCGCCGGAGGUUUGAGCGUGAGUGACGCAAUUCAUAAGGUUGGGAAGAAAAUCCAUGUCGCCAUCUACGUCGCUGCCACCAUGUUGCGUUGUGGCUUCUCCACUGAGCUUGAUCUCCUCCAUGGUUGUCCAGAUUUAUCUGAGUACGGGGAUGUAUCUGAACUAGAGUUCGGAUUGGGACCGGAUCAGCCUCCCACCAGCGCCAUUAUUAAGAAAGAAUUUCAGCGCCAGCUCAUGUACAACUUGAGUCCUCUAGAGGACUCAAUCCUAGCAUCAGCGUUAUUGCGUCCAGCACCAGUCAUCGCCAUACAGCAGGCAAAGUUCAGCGAAGGACCAGAAGCAGACCAGGUGAAACGGGUAUACAUCAAGACGCUGCAUGACCGAGUUCUUACGCUGAAGCAGCAAGAUGAGAUGAUUAAAGGGUGGCCACCUUCCCGGGUGUUUGAACUGGAGACCGACCAUAGCCCCAACUUUUCCACUCCCUUUGAACUCUUUAGCUGUCUGCUCAAAGCCUCUACGUCUACCCUUUCCAAUUAGGAAGCUUGCGCACAGUGCUUUAAAUAAUUCAUCUUCACAAAUUUUUUAAGGGAAGAGCGGGGUGCGCCCUGCCUGUGCCAUUCUCUCCACCUUUCCAUCCCCUUUGGAAAUGAUCCUCAUGUUCUUUGCAUCCCAACCCUCCAAUAGGUUGAACUACUAGUCCCAAGAAAGCUAGAAAUAUUCCCAACCCUAUCCCUCAUUUUAACCAAUGAAUUCCAUGUUUAUGCUUUUUUCAGUAAAUAAUUAAAGGGACUUUAAAUGGCACCAAUAAAGGUGUGGCACUCGUAAUCCUUUUUUAAUUGUCUUUUGAUUUAUUCCUAUAAGUUCUUCAAAUUGAAAAGUGACUUCUCAUUAUCUCAUUAUCAAA